CAGCGCGCCUUCGCCGCCAAAGCAUCCAGCAGCCCCCUGCUCCGGCCCAGCAUGGCGACCCCGACCCAGACCCCCACAAAGGCUCCUGAGGAACCUGACCCAUUUUACUAUGACUACAACACGGUGCAGACUGUGGGCAUGACUCUGGCAACCAUCUUGUUCCUGCUGGGUAUCCUCAUCGUCAUCAGCAAGAAGGUGAAGUGCAGAAAGGCGGACUCCAGGUCUGAGAGCCCAACCUGCAAAUCCUGUAAGUCCGAGCUUCCGUCUUCAGCCCCUGGUGGCGGCGGCGUGUAACACCUGCCCGAGGAAACUCCGCUGCCGACCCUGCCUGAGCGCGGGAGCCUGAGGACCGGGUGGAGGCGGUGGGGACCCAGCCGCGCGCCGGGAGCGCUCCCCGGAAUGAGCCGCCCCACCCACCCCAAGGCUGGAGCCGCUGCACCCUGCUGUCCCUCCCCAGGCCUUGGCAAUGACGAUCCCCCAAAGAGCCCGUCUGCACCCCAGACCCGGGGCCUCAGGCCUCCAGCUCCUGGGAUCCGGGAGUCCAUCCUGGCCCAGCCCCCCCAGCAUCCCCGUGUACGGCCCCCCUGCACCUCCUUGUCUCAUCCCCGAAGAUCCGUCCCCCUGGCCCCUCAGUGUCCAUGUCUUGAGCUUAAUAAAUGUGCAUUUGGUUUUUUCCCCU